AUGGGUCUUUUGUUCACUCCGAAGCAUCAGAAAUUAGUCAAUCAAUGCUAUCCAAGUGGCCGAACUCCUGACAAAAAGCCUAAAUCAUCGGAGACAUCGUACCUCUUGUAUUAUGUGAAUUCCAGAAGAACAAAGCUCGAAAAGGUUAGUACGUUUUUGGUACGGAAAUGCAAUGCAGACCUAAACCACAGGCGCAUUGGCAAUAUCACAGUGACAUUAGAGCUGAUGGAUAAAAUCGUGAACCACUGCAAAGAAAAUCUGAACGUUUUCGUAAAGGAUUUCCUACAGAUAAUGAUUAAGACGUUGUCCAAUAAUAAUGUUAACAAUGACAUAGGCGUUGUUGAGAAGGUCGAGCAGACUUUCAGCAGUAUCUGUCGUCAUUUGGAUGGGGCGUUGUGUAACGGGGAUGCCGAGUUCAUCGAUAAUUUUCAGGUGUUCGUAGACCUUUACUUCCAAGUCGUCACUGAAAGACUUCACGACGACAAGCUACUGCUUAAAGGAUGUGCCGACAUUUCAACAGUUGAGAAUCUAGCUCUAAAUCCACAAGCCAGUAGGCUGCUCUCGCAAGCAGCAGAACGCACCCUUAUCAAAUUUCAAGAGAAAAAUCCGCAGUACAAUAUUCAGAGUCUAGAAGCUACAGAAGAUGUCCCCAUGACCAAAAGACUCACGAGAACGCAAACUCAUGCCUUGGGCCUGGAUGAUCUCACAAAUAGCGAGGAUUUUGCAGUGGAGGCACUGAGAUCAUUCUUCAAUACUUCAGAAACUGACAAGCUGACUCUAUCUAUAAAAGCCUUACUCAAAGUUUUAUUGAAAACACCGAACCAGAAACUUCUGCAGUUUAUUUGCAAUGGCAUUCCUGUUCAUCUGCGGUACAUUGUAAUUUUAAUUUUUAUUCACCAAUUGAAGCAGGACCCUAAGCAGUCUGUCAUUACUUUGAAGCUUAUUUCCAGUCUUUUGGUUUCUGAAGUCAGUAUAGUUGGUUUGAGUAUCAUUGAUGUAAUGAGAAAAUUGCUUGACACACAGGCUACCGCCGGUGUCUCUUCAGACGUUAGCAAUCAAUGCGCUACCACAAUCGGAGAUCUUAACCGCAAAACGUAUUACAAAGACCAAACAUCUGAUAUGUUUUCAGAAGUACUACUAAGACUCAAGGAUGUCAGAAACUCGGAUCUCACUGCCAUCUUCUGUCGCGACUUGCAGGAACUCGCCACAUCCACUUUCUCGCCCUCGCUAAGUUUGGACCUUUAUUUGGAAUUAACCGUAUUCGUGGAAGAUCCGCUAAAACUUUUUAGUGUUGUGAGCAGUUCCUUGAGUGGUUCCUUCUCUAUCUCAAAACUAUUUCAUCUCAUAGACUCUCUGGAUUCUUCAGAGAAGCAACAAAAGUUUAUGUCCGCAACAUUUAUCAAGUUUAGAGCCAUUGCACUACUUGCAGGUUUAAAACACUACCUGGAGUACGAUAACGUCAACAAAAAGUGCUACUUCCUCUAUCAUAAGCGUGCAGCUAGGUUCUUAGAUUUGAGCGACUAUAAAUCUCAAGCGGACUACAAAAGCACUAACUGUGAGCAGUUUACCCGAGAAGAUCUUCUGAACUACUAUUCAGAUGCUGGCUCCAAUCAAUACUCCGAGAAAGGACGAAGAAUAAUCAUGUCCAAGGGAUCGAAUGUUUCUACUACAGACUUGAUAUCCAACGGUAACAGUCAUAUUAAUGAUAAUGAUCACAUAGCAGGUCGUGACCUUUCGGUCCCCCCAGUUUUGUCGCAAGACAGCAACCACAUACCAAAAUUUGCUCUUUUGUCUGAUGCGAGGUCUCUAAAGACUCUAAAGCAUUUAUCGCCCAAGGUCAGGGACCUUAAAGCGGUCAAGAGUAGUGGAGCGCUCAAUCCUACUCGCAAUCUCGCUUCCCGUGGGUCGCAGUCGGUCAAGUCCCACAUUACAAACAUCACUUUUUUGCUUUCUGAACUUGGCGACGAAGCUCAGGAAGUCAGGAUUCCGGAUCCAGACGAAGAGGAGGUUAUCGGCCUGGAAAAAGCUGAUCUCGCAAGAUCGGAGUCCCUGAAGUUUUUGAACGUCGCUUCCAAAGGCGCUAAGCGACUAAGUAUACCUUUAAGACUACAAGAGGAUGGUGAUGAAUUUAAAGACGCUAAUGAAGACUUCCAGGUCACUUCAACGAGAGGAAAGUUAUUUACCGCAUAA